AUGGAUUCUUGCUCUAAUGAUGUCUGUCACGGCUGCCCUAUACUCCUCUGCUCCUCUACUUUCCGUCGACCUAACACGUCCAGAAAGGCCAGUGGCAAUCCCUUUCUGUUUCUGUCUCUGUCUCUCUCCCCGUGCUUUCACUCCUCUUUCCUCUGCUUUCUGUUCUCUGCUCACUGUUCACACACAUGUACGCUUGCAAUAGACACACGUACACCCAAAUUCUUGGGGGCCAAUCGGUGUGUCAGUGGCAAGGCUUUUCAUCUCGCCUCGUCACUCGAACGUUGGCCAGACAAACUGCGGCCGACUCCGGUCGCCACGGCUGCAAAGUUGACCGAAGAGACCGGGCAGACUAACCGGGUGUCAGUCAGCCUCGUGUCCACCCACCCAGCAGACAGGGGUGUGUCUGGUCGAGGUGGGGCAACUGUGGCAGACGGAUAUAUUUCUCGCCUAACGCUGCCAGGAAUAAGGAUUGUCGUUGAGGCCUACCAGUUUCUUGCUGGGCCGACAGCGAUUUUGCCCAAUUUUUUCCUUCAACACCCGUUCACUGAAGUCUCGGCCUCGCCUCGCUGCCUCAAGGGGUAG